GAGCAAACUGAUCCUCCCAAAGUGCUCACAGUCGUGCCCAGCAGGAGGGCAAAUGCAGUGGAGAGAAAAAUAACACCAACGUUUCUCAUAUCGGGAAUCUCAGGGGGCUGCUUUGAAAAGCAGCGAACGUCGGGAGAAUGGCAUCAUCUUCAUCACAGAUCUGUGUCUUGCUGCUGGCUUUAUCAGGCUUCACCACCAUACUUCUCACCACCAUGUCCAACCGGUGGACUGUUUCCAGCACUGCGGCUGUGUCGGCUCCUAUGGACUGGGUUUCAGAAGGUCUUUGGAUGGAAUGUGCUGUGGCCGCACAGGGAAAAGUGCAGUGCAAGAGCUUUUUGUACUUGUUGAGUUCAGACAUUCAUGUUCAGGCAUGCCGUGCCCUGAUGAUUACUUCCAUCCUUUUGGGACUCAUAGCUACAAUACUCUCGCUGCUUGGUUUACAGUGUGCACACAUUGGGUUGAGUAAUGAAGAUGGAAAAGUGAAGUUUGCUGUCACGGGAGGAUUUCUCUUUAUUUUAGGAGGUCUCUGUUCCAUGGUGGCUGUUUCUUGGUAUGCUGCGAUGGUUACGUCUCAGUUCUUCGACCCGUUGUAUGCUGGUACCAAGUAUGAACUAGGAGAUGGUUUGUACUUAGGCUGGGCUGGAUCUGUUCUUUAUAUACUUGGUGGGAUCUUCCUGACCUGUUCAUGCAAAGGGAAGAAAAGAGGAAAAUGCAGUGGCAGCAAAUAUGAGUAUUCCAUGGGCCAGGCAGUUCCUCAGCAGCACAUGUUCUCCAAGAACUCGGAGGCAGUCAGAAGAACCAAGGAGUAUGUCUAAACUUGUACAUUUUACAUUACUUGCAAUGUUCAUAGUUUGUGUAUUCAAAAAAAAAAAAAAAAAAAAAAAAAAAA